UGCUAUUUGUACCAAUGAGAGUGACGCAUUGAGUUGCAGAUAUAAAAUACAAUCGAUUCUGGAGAUGACCUUCUACAUGGAACCGGACUACGGCGGGAAUGCCUUUCGAUUCCGAACGAAGGAGCCAGAUCUUACGGCUUACUGGCCCCUCUGGGGGGAGGUGAAGUGGUUGUGCGGCAAUGGAUAUUGGCAAGGAUUCGGUGGGACAGGUUACACUGAUGGGAGUACGUUUGCCUAUAAUUCGGGUGGAAUGACUUGCACAAAUACGUCGGUUAAUUCAACAAUGUCCAUGCGAUUUUUGGGACCCUUGGAAACAACAACGCCUUCUGUAUCGAUUUAUAGCGGAAGUAGCUAUGAUCCAGCGGGUGGAACCGAACGCAUUUUUACUAACUUAGCGGCCAACAGUUUCGGAUUUGUCCCGACCUAUAUGGCUCUCACUGGAAGGUCGAAUUGGACUGGAUUUAUAAAUGAGGAUUUCUCUGGAAACUCGACCUGCUUCUCAACCUCUGAGCUGGUGGCAGGGAUAAGUUUGGAAGGAAUCGAGAUAAGGUCGUUAGUUCAGGGCUGCAACGCAAUAUAUGAGAGCAAGCCUGUGUAUAUGAGGAAACGAAUAUGUUAAUAAAGCUGGUGCAAAUUAUGGAAACAAAUGUUACAACAAAAAUUCAAA